AUUUCUAUUUCAAUCCCUCUAUAAUUAUAUUCCUUCCUGCUCUUUCAGUUUCCCCCAAAUACUAUCUAUCUAUUUUACUCUUUCACGUUUCCUUCACAAAUCAGUUGUUUACAAAGAUCGGAGAAUCUCUGUUUCUUCUGCAGAAUUUUGGGGAAUUUUUUUGUGGAAAAAUGGCGAGACCUAAUCAAGAAGAAAUCGAGACAUUCAUGAGCAUUACUGGUGUUUCUGAAGCCACCGCUAUUCAGAAACUUGAGGAGCAUGGCGGGAAUCUGAAUGAAGCUGUGAAUGCACAUUUCAACCAGGGGGACAUCAAUAGAGUACAUCCAGCACCUGUUGCUGCUGCUCCACACGAGGAUGAUAUGGAAAUAGAUGAUCCGAUUACAGAGGAAUUUCACAGACCUCCCUUUUCAGUUUUUUCCUCUUCUAGAAGUCCAAAUGCUUUCUCUGUUCUUGAUCCUAGUUUCACUCGAAGUGUGUUUGACACCGAUCUUACAAGCCGUGCUCCAUUUGUUUCACAUCCAAGACAAGUAAGAGAGAUCCCUAUUGAGGUGAAGGAUGGGGAUGGACAAUCUGGUCAUUCUAGAAAUGCUCCUGUUAUUGAAGAUGUUACAGACGCUGACCAGACCCAAGGCCCAGAAACUCGUGGGACUGUCAUAAUUGAUGAGGACGAUGACGAUGACGAAGUAGUUCCAGGUCCUCUGGCAACACGUGCUGCCAGGCGUGAUAGAACAAAUGAUGAUAUCCUUGGCGGUGACUCUACAGCAGUAUUCUCAGGACCAAGUGCUCCUGGUGGUGAUGUCUUGCCAGACUAUGCCAAUGAUAUUGAGGAGGAAAUGGUUCGUGCUGCGAUUGAAGCUUCCAGACGUGACGCUGAAAUGUCGACCCAACAAUUUGACGUCAACAGUGAUCUAAGUGAUCCAAGGCCUCAACCAAGGGAGUCUCAUCUAGAGGAUGUUCAACUUGCACAUGCAGUCUCUUUGUCUUUGAAGGCUGCUGAGCAGGAGAAAGCGAUGCAUGAAGAAAGUAAAGCUAUACCAGAAUCAGAAGGUUAUAAGCUAGCUGAAGAGAAUGAGCAUGGAAAAUCAACAAUUUCAAAUGGAAGGCAAUUUAGAUCAGAGGUGGGGAGUUCAUCCGUCCAAGAUGAAGCUGAAGAUUUAGAAGAGGAACCACUGGUUUGGCGCAGAAGAAAACCUAUAUCUUCAGGUUCUGAAACAGCUCAGGAUGUCGAAGAACGUGUUGUUAGCCCAUUAUCAAGUCCUCGACAGAAUCUUAAUCACUCCCCAAGAAACAGUGCUGACUUCCAGUCUGAUGAGUGGGGUGGCAUGUCAUCCCUGGAGCAUGAUGAAGCUGUCAUGCUUGAAGCAGCAAUAUUUGGCGGAAUACCUGAGGGUACUGGGUAUCGUUUGCCAUCUGCACCUCAUCAGCCUAUUCAGAAUGGUGCUGAUGGACCUAUGGGCCCCUAUCAAUGGCGCAUGCCUCGUGCCCCAUCUCCGUCUCUUGUGGCACAGCGUUUACUUCGAGAACAGCAGGAUGAUGAAUAUCAUGCUGCAUUGCAAGCUGAUAGAGAAAAGGAAUUGAAGGCCAAGCAAGAAGCUGAAGCUGCACUUGAAGAGAAGAGACUGGAGGAGGAGGAAUUACAAAGGAAAGCAGAGGAGGAAAAGGAAAUGGAGAGACAAUUAGCAGCAAAAGAAGCUUCUCUUCCUCAGGAGCCCAAAGCAGAUAACGAGAAUGCUGUGAAUCUUGUUGUGCGUAUGCCUGAUGGCAGCCGCAGAGGCCGACGCUUUCUCAAAUCUGAUAGAUUACAGUGUCUUUUCGAUUACAUUGAUGUUGGCAGAGUGAUCAAGCCCGGCACAUAUAGAUUGGUAAGACCUUAUCCAAGGCGUGCUUUCAGUGAUGGAGAGAGUACCCUGUCUCUGGACGAACUGGGGUUGAACAGCAAACAAGAAGCCUUGUUUCUGGAGUCGAUAUAAGUCAUUCACGUUGUAAAGUAGUUUCAGAUCUCUUCCCAAAAAAAUAGAUUUAUACAUACAUACAUACGUGAAAAUGGUGUUCAUGGGUUGGUUUGUUUUGGUUGUUUAUCAUCGCUGCAUAUUUAUCUGGUUGCUAGGGAGAACGCCAUUGAUGAUCAUGGUUAGUCGGGAGUAUUCCAACGAUUUAUGGUGCUUUAUAUGUGGAAUUAAAUCAUUUGCUUUUU